AUGGAUAAAUCAUGGAUGCAUGCUGAUAGAAGAUCAUUGAAGUUUAAGAUAGGACUUGAAGACUUUCUUAAGUUCGCUUUAGCAAAUGCACGCGACAUAUCAAAAAUAUGCUGUCCUUGUUUGAAGUGUUGUAACAAUGAUGAAUUUUCUGUUGGAGUGAUCAAGGACCAUAUAUACUUUAAUGGUAUUGAUGUUAGAUAUAAGCAAUGGAAAUGGCAUGGAGAACCUUCUGCCAUGAAUGCCGAUAUAUUAGGUGAAUCCGAAACAGUAGAUAUGGGUGCUGAUUUUGGGAUAGGGGAUGAAGAUGAUGAGAUUUCGAGUGACUCGAAUGAGUUUCUUAGGUUUGUAGAGGAUGGAGAUAAGCCUUUGUAUCCGGGUUGUACUAAGACUACAAAGUUAAAUGGUUUGAUACAAACGUUCAAUUUGAAGGCAAAACACGGAAUGACAGACUCUUGUUAUUCUGACAUGCUAAUCAUGAUUGGCAUGUUGCUGCCUGAAGGGAAUGAGGUACCUGGGUCUGUAUAUGAGGCUAAGAAAACACUUGCUGCAUUGGGCAUGGGCUAUGAAAGGAUUCAUGCUUGUCCAAAUGAUUGCAUCCUUUAUAGAGGGCAGCAUGCAGAAGCAACAAGUUGUCCAACCUGUGGUGAAUCACGUUGGAAACUGGGUAGAGAUAAUACUAAUAAGGAAGGGGUGCCUGGGAAGGUCUUGUGGUACUUCCCACCAAUCCCGAGAUUCAAACGGAUGUUCCAAUCGACCAAGACAGCUAAGGAUUUGACUUGGCAUGCCAAUGAUAGGAAAACAGAUGGAAUGAUGAGGCAUCCAGCAGAUUCCCCGACUUGGAAGUUAGUUGACACAAAGUGGCCAGAAUUUGGUAGCGAACCGAGGAACCUUAGGCUAGCCCUUUCCUCAGAUGGGUUUAAUCCCCACAGUUCAUUAAGUAGCCGAUACUCUUGCUGGCCUGUUAUUCUUGUUACAUAUAACCUUCCUCCUUGGCUAUGCAUGAAGAGGAAGCACAUGAUGUUAACAUUGUUAAUAUCUGGACCCAAACAGCCGGGAAAUGAUAUUGACGUUUAUUUGCAGCCUUUGAUAGAUGAUUUGAAACUACUGUGGGUUGGGGUUGAAGUGUAUGAUGCCCUUAGAGGAGAGUCCUUCAAACUGAAGGCAGUCCUAUUUUGGACUAUUAACGACUUUCCCGCAUAUGGGAACCUCUCGGGCAGCAUUACCAAAGGAUACAAUGCUUGUCCAGUUUGUGUUGAUGAAACCCGACCAUACAGGUUGAAGCAUAGUAACAAAAUGGCAUUCAUGAGACAUCGCAGAUUUUUGCCAAGACAUCAUCCAUAUCGAAGGCAGGCUGCAGCUUUUGACAAUACCAUAGAGGAAGAUGUCGCUCCUUCACCAUUAAGUGGAGAGGAGAUGUUGUCAAGAGUUGAAGGUCUGAACAUACCAUUUGGGAAAAAAAAACCUUGUCCCCCUCACAAGGGUGUUGAAGCGAAAAACAGACCUUGCUGGAAAAAAAAAUCGGUUUUCUUUGAACUUGAUUACUGGAAACAUCUUCCAGUGAGACACAUUCUCGAUGUGAUGCACAUUGAGAAGAAUUGUUGCGAUGCUAUUCUUGGAACCGUAUUGAACAUUCCCGGGAAGACCAAGGAUGGAGCUGCUUCUCGUUUGGACAUGGUUGAUAUGGGCAUCAGAACUGAUUUGAAGCCUACACCUGGUCCGAAAAGGGCAAAGUUGCCUUUGGCGAGUUGGAACUUGCUGCUAGAUGAGAAGAAAAUAUUAUGCUCUUCCUUUUUCAACAUGACGGUUCCUGUGCGCUUUUGCUCAAACAUAAGGAAUCUGGUUUCAAUGGAAGAUUUGAGACUCGUUGGUCUUAAAUCACAUGAUUGCCACACUAUUAUGCAGAUUCUUCUCCCUGUGGCAUUAAGAUCAGUUUUAGAAAAGCCAGUUAGGUAUGCUAUUAUUCGGUUCUGCCUAUUCUUCAAGGCAAUUUGUAGUAAGGUGAUAGAUGUUUCAAAACUUCAACAGAUGCAAGCUGACCUUAUUGAUACAAGAAGUAGAGUUAUGUGGUCCGGUGUUUCUUCGAUGGAUGUACCCAUUUGA